UUUUUUUAUUAUUUUGAAAUCUCCCUCCAAUGAGAUUUAAUAAUGGCGAAAAAUAAAGAGAGAGAAAGAAAGAGAGUACUUUUUAUUAUGACGUCACGACAGUUAUGAUAUAGAAUCACGUUUGAGAAACCUCGCUAAAUUUAUUUUUCUCAUCUCGGUUAUUUGUUUACUUUAUUAAACGCGAAUUACAGCGUGUUUUUUUUUUAAUUAAAUUUUCUCAGUGAUGAAUGGAACAAUAUUUAAAUAUAGCUAUAUAUUUCCCACGUAAUGACUAAUCAACAAAGUGUAUUGAUAAUUAUUUUGAGAAUGUAGAGUUGCUUUUUUUUUUUUUUUUAUUUUAAUUUAUUUUUUUAUUCGCGAAGCAAAGGCGCAAGAGCCGCGGGGCAACAGUUCGGCGAACGGAACAGCGUGCGAGUGCGAGGAGUGUUUCGAUUACAAGCGCGCGCGCGAUAUUUUUUUUUUUUUUUUUUCUCGGCUUCUAGGACUCUCUCAUAUCUCUAUACACAAUAAAAAAAAAUAUAUAUAUAAUGGAGCAUCAAGAAAAGAUAAAUAGUGUAAUUGGAAAAAAAAUAAUUACCUGGAAUUUCUUGAAAAAAAGAAAAUAAAAAACAAUCGAAAAAUAAAAAACGAAAAGUAUUAAUAAAAAAGAAUUAUCAAUUGAAUUUAUAUAUAAUAUUAAUUAAAAUAAAAAUUAUAAACAGAGUGUAUUGCUUUAUUAAUUAUCAAGUAUGAAGCGACAAUUAUUUAAUUUUUUAAAUUAUAUUUUAAAUAAAAUACGAGCUUAAGUUGUAUUGAAAUUAUUAGUGAGCAAAAAUUAAUAGUGUUUGUUAAUUAAUUUGUCAAUUAUAAAAAAAUAAUAAUUAUUUUUUUUAUUAAAUUUUUUUUUUAUAUUAUUUUUUAUAAGCACAGAUGAAUCUAAAUAAAUGGCAGCGCGGGUGCUUUUACUCGGCAUCUUGUUUACGGAAGUACUUGAGCCCAUUUGCGCUACUGGUGCAAGGGGACCUAGAAAUAAUAAUGGAAAAAAUGGAGCAAAAGGUGAUGUUUUUGAUACUGGAACAAGUAAAUAUUCAAGUUCAAUAUUGAGGAUUGAACCAAGUGGUGUUGUUGUCCUUGGUAAACGUGGUGUUACUCUUAAUUGUAUCACUGGUAAUAAUAAUAAUGUAACAUGGCUUUACAAUGAGCAAUUAGCACCACCAUGUGGAAUUACAAAAUGUGAAUUAUUACCAAAUGGUUCAUUGUAUUUUCCCAAGAAACAAAAUUUAAAAUUAUUACAAAAAAGAAAAAAUUGGAAUAAUACGAGUAUAAAGUGGCCUGAUAAACAUGAAUUCAAUUGUGUUGAAAAAAAUAAUAUGGGAUACUUACGAUCCUCACCAACAUCCAUUAAAAUUGCUGAAAUUUCUCAUAAUUUUAAAAAAUCACCUAGUAAUUUGACAGUGAGUGAAGGUGAAAUUGCUAUGUUUACUUGUUUAAUAAAUAGUGUGCCUGAAUCACCAAGUAUCACAUGGCAACAUAAUGGAAAAACAAUAUCAAUUGAUCGAAAAAAUACAAAAUAUUUUAUGGUACAUGGCGUUCUUUUUAUAACAGCAACAAAAAAGUCUGAUGAAGGUUCAUACAGAUGUAUUUUAACAAAUGAUUUUAUCAAAAAACCGAAAAAAAGCAAUGAGGCAAAUCUUACUGUAACAUUGAGACUGAAAAAUAAAGAGUCUGGUUUAUCAUCGUCAUUAUUUUCUCAGGUUUCAUAUAAUUAUUAUUUAGUAAAAGGUGAAAGACUUAGUCUUGCUUGUGCUGCUUCGGGUUAUCCACCUCCAAUUGUUACCUGGACUUUUUUUCCUAAUUACACAGAUAGUGUCAAUUCCAUGCGAUAUCGUGUUCUUCAAAAUUCAACAAAUGGUAUCAGUAUUCUUUCGUUAAAUGACGUCAGACAUACUGACACUGGUAUUUAUCAAUGUUCUAUGAAAAAUAUUGUCAAUGAUAGAACAGAAAAACAGAAUAUCAGUGUAAAAGUUGCAGUACCACCAACAUUUAUUAAAAAACCAAUAAAUUUAAUUUGUCCAAAUGGAAGAACAGCACGAUUUGAAUGUCAAGUUCAUGGAAUACCAACACCAAAAAUUUAUUGGCUAAAAGAUUCCGAGCAUAUAUUUGUUAAUGGACGUUUAACAACUUAUCUAAAAGAAAAUAACACAAUGCAAUUGGCAAUAUCAGCAACAGUACCAACUGAUUCUGGAAUGUACCAAUGUAUUGCUGUUAAUUCAGCUGGUGAAAAUUGGGCUGGUGGUUGGCUACGUGUUAAUGCAUCACGUAAUAGUCCAGCUGUACCAACAAUAUCAAAGUGUGAAGCAUUAUCACCAUUUAAAAUUUUUAUUUCUUGGCUACCACCAAAAUUACUUCCUUCUACAAGUAUAACUGCUUAUACUGUACAUUAUAGUCCUGAAGAAGGAGGACAAGAGGUAGUUGCUCCUGAGCCAGGUAAUUCAACUUCUGUUGAAGUGACAAAACUACUUGAGCCCUACACAAAUUAUUCAUUUUAUGUUCGUGUUUGGAAUAAUUAUGGAGCAAGUGAUCAAUCGGCAACAAUUAUAUGUGCCACCCCACCAAGUGUUCCAAAGACAGCACCUAAGGUGAAUGUAGAUAUACUGAGCAGUACAAAAUUAAAUAUUAAGUGGCAACCUUUAACUAAAAAAGAAGCAAGAGGAGUAAUUGUUGAGUACAAAAUUCAAUCUAAAUUUCAUGCAUUACCAUUAAAAGACAUAUAUGUUCCUGCAACAUUUGAAAAUUAUAUACUAACAAAUCUACUUCCUGGAGCAGCGUAUGACUUGCGAGUAUUAGCAAGAACACAACAAGGAUGGCCAAAUGUCAGUGACUCACAAUUACAAUGGACCAGUAUUGUCAUGCCAUCAGUUGAUCCAAAUGAAUUUAAAAUUGAAGAUAUUAUUGAUUUACAAAUUACAAUAUUAAAUGCAACAGUGAUGAAAAUAAAAUGGAAAUCAAAAAAUAAUAAUAAUAAUUAUAUGGGGAUAGAAUUUCAAAAUUGGAAAAUUAAUCGUCAAAAUAUAAACAGUGAUAAAUCUUUAUCUGUGAUUCUUUCAAAAAAUAUAACAGAAUAUAUUUUCACUGAUCUUGAGGCAAAUAUAUCAUAUAUAUUUGGAUUAUGUUUUGUAAAACAAAAUAUAUCAAAUGAUUGUAUAUUAAAAACAAUUAAAUCAAUUAAUUAUGAUGAUAAAAAUAUACCAACAUUAUUAGAAGCAAUAUCAAUAUCACCAACAACAAUAAAAAUAACCUGGACAAUGAUGAAUAAAACAUUGCCAUGUAAUUUUACAAUAUGCUAUCAAUCAGUUAAUUUAUUAACAUUAGAAAAAUGUAUUAUUAAAAAUGAUACAGUUGCAACAAUUAAUAAUUUAAUUCCAUUUACAUUAUAUCAAUUUAAAGUCAAAUCAUUUUAUAAUGAUAGUAAAGAAAGUAGUCAAUUUAGUAAUAGUAUUGAGUGUUAUACAAGUGAAGAUGUACCCGAUGCACCUGAUGAUAUUCAAGGAUUAAUAAUUGGUACAAAAUUAAAAUUAACAUGGAAAGAACCAACAAAACCAAAUGGAAUUAUUCAAAAUUAUUCAAUAUCUUAUACAUUGGAUUUUAAUGAUCCAACAAUACAAUAUAAUAUCACUGUACCAGGUGACAAAACAACACUUAUACUAACAGAUUUAAUAAUGAAUAAAAAAUAUUUUAUAAUUAUCAGAGCAGCAACAAAAGCUGGCUAUGGUAGAUCAUCAUAUCCAUAUACAAUUUUUAUGAGUGAUAAUAAUAUAUUAAAAAGUAAAACAUUAUCUGAUAAACAACAACCAUCACCACCAUCAUCAUCACCACCAAUUAAAACACCAACAGAUCAAGGUCUUGGUAUUAUAUUGGGUGUUGGAAUAAGUAUUGGAUUUAUAAGUGUUAGUCUUUGUAGUAUUUAUUGUCGUAAAAAAUGGGAAAAAUCAAGAUCAAUGAGAGAAACAAAUCAACCAUCUAAAAAACGUUCUAUUGAUAGAAAUAAAAAUACAUGUUGUAUUGAUGAUUCAUCAACUUCAAUUGGACAACCAGUUAAUGAUCCGACAAUUAAUCGUAAUGAUUUUGAAUUAUCAUUACUUUGUCCAGCAUCACGUGUUGCUACUAUGUCAUCUCCAAAUCCUAAUGCAAAGACAAUAUUACCAAAUGGCAUUGAAUCAUAUUUAAGUCAACCAUUAUUGAUAUCUUGGAAAGUCAAUAAUGGAGAAAGUGAAAUUUUUCAAUCUAGAAAUAAUUCACAGUACAAUGAAAUGAACAGUCCAGUGUCUAGAAAACAAUCAGUAUCAGAAACAGAUUUAAAUACAACUGAAUUGACAAUGAUUGAUUAUACGUUAACAAGUGCUGAUACUAGUUUAAAUAAUAAUUUUGGUUGUUCAACAUCAUCACCAGGAAAAAAUUUGCCAAUUGUAAUUCCUGUUCUUGAACCAAAUGGAUGAGCUUGGCUUUAUAAUUUGACAUUCAGCAGCUGUAAUAGUACUGAUCGACAAAAAAGGUAAGAAGAAAAAUAGUUUCUCCAAAAAAAUAAUAUAUAUAAAACAAAAAAAAAACAGAGCAGAAUUUACCUGAAGGUUUUUUUAAAAAACCAAUUAUUGAUUUUGGAUAAUGAUUCAAUGAAACAAUCAAACUAAAACAAAUUAAAUUGUCUUUUUACAAUUGUUAUAAACAUUGUAAAUACUCUGAAAAUUUUAAAAAUUAUUUAAUCAACGCACCACUUGUAUAAAUCUACGAAAUCAAGCUUAAAAAUAAUAGGUAAAAAAAGUUUAUUAACUGUGCAAAAUUAGCACAAAAAAAAAAAGAAAUACAAACGAAAAAUAGUUUAGUAAUAUGAAAAAUAACUUGCUCAUAAAUAGCAUGCAUAUAAAAUUCAACGAAAAAAUAAUAUAUAGGUAUAUAUAAUAUUCGAGAAAAAAAAAAAAAAAAAAAAUCAACAGUCACUGCUUUCUCUAAAAAGCACAACACUAAAAACAAAAAAAAAAAAAAAAACAUUCCAUCAAUAUCAUUACCAAAACAAAGAGAAAAAAACUAAAAAAAUUUCUCUUGAUUAUUUUUAAUAAUUAAUUACUAUUAUUUAUAAUAAUACAACAACAAUUUAUUAAUAUUUUUAUGAUUUAUUUUUCGAUACGAUAUUAUGAUUAUUAUUAUUAUUUUAGUAAUAUUUUUCAUUUUAAUUACAGAUCUGAUAAAAAAAAAGAAAAAUUAAAUUCAGUGAUAUUCAGAUCUUUAAAAAAAAAAUUUUUAUAUUUUUAAAUUUGUAGUUUUUAUGUAUAUUUUUAAUUCUUUAAAUUGUUGUGAUUACAUUUUCAUUUAAAAGUUAAUUAUCGUAGAUUCUAAUUGUUUAAUUUUAUAUAGUUAAAAUUUGGUAGCUUUUAUUUUUAAUUUUUUUUAAGCAAAAUAAAAAAAUAGGUAAAGAAAAAAAAAAUUGAUGAGGAAUAAUUUAAAAAUUAUUUAAAGAAAAAAACAAAUAAUAAUCCAGAUACAUGCUAGACUGGUGUAUGUCUUUACCAUGACAGAAAAAACCCAACUCAGUACCUGAUAGACUAAGACUUAUCAUUUAAUACGAGACUUGAAAAACAAAAAGAUAAAAGAAAAAAAAAAAAAUGUCAAUGUUAUUUUCUGUACCUUGAUUUAUUGUUAUUUAUUAUUUCAUAAAUUCAAUUAAUUAUCAAUUAACUACUUCUUUAUAAUUCCAAUAGAUUUUAAAUAAUUUAAAAAAUACCCGCCCAUAAUACAAUGCAAUAGAAAAACAAAUAAAACAAGAUAAAUAAUAAUACAAAUAAUAGAAAAAACAGUUUAAUUAAAAUAUAAAUUUAUCAGCCAGUCCAUACAAUGCAAUAGUUACAAUUUACACAGAUUACACAUGAAUUUUAGUUGUUGUCAUACAUUAUUUGUUAUUUAAAAAUAAUUACGUAUUUUAAUGUUUUACUUUUUUCUAAUGUAUAUGAAUCAUGUUACUAAUUAUCAUGAAAUAGUUGAUAAUAUUCAUUCGUUUUUUUUUUUAACUUUAAGAUAGCUAUGUUAGAUUUUUUUUUUAAAACUAAAAUUCAGUUACAUUUUUUAUUUUUAUAUACUAAUUUUUUUGAUAAUCAAUAUUUCAAAGGCAGACUGAAUAUUUUUUUUUUUUUUUUACCUUCUGGAAUUUUUUUUUUACAAUUUCUUAUACAGUUUUUUAAUUACAAAAGAUAAUUAUUUAAAUAAAAAAAAAUAUAUAUAUACGCUUACGAAAAUUAUAUUAAUAAGCAGCUGUAAUUUUUUUAAAUAAUUAUAUUUUAAAAAAUGCAUUUUAACAAAUGCAUGAUCAUUCCAAGAUUCAUUUACAGAUUAAUGUUUCAAUUUUUUUUUUUUAGUUUAAAUAAAUUUAUUGUUGGGUCGUCGUACUAAAUGUGUUUUUUUUUUCUCGUUUUAAAAAUUACUAAUUAUAAUAUUGUGGCAUGUAAAUUAAAAAGGUAUUCUCCGAAGUACAAAGCAAUAAAAAUUAAAUAAUAAAAACAAAAAAUUAAUAGACAGUCAUAUCAUCUUCAUGUGUUAAUGAAGAGCAAUAAAUGCACUUUAAUUAAUAAUAGAAAUUCUUAUUAAAAAAUAUUACCAAUGUAUUUGUACUAAUCUGAACAAUAAUUUCCUGAAUAUAUAUUAAAAAAAAAAAAAUAAUAAUAAAUAAUUAA